AUGGGGUUACGUGGUACAAAGUCUACUUCCACACCCAUGAAGUUGAAUUUGAAACUCACCACAAUAGAGUAUGCCAGACUACUCAAGACUAUAGAUGACCCCAGGAAGACAUAUGAUCCACUUCUUGAUGGCAUUCCUAGUUAUCAACAGCUCGUGGGCAAGUUGAUUUACUUGGCCACCAGACUAAAUAUUUGCUUUGCAGUACAAGUUCGCAAUCAAUUCAUGCAAUGUCCUAAAAGAUCACAUUGGGAAGCAGCUAUGAGAGUGUUGAGAUACUUAAAGAAAUCCCCAGGGCGAGGGAUACUACUGAAGAGAAGCUGUAUCAACAGUUUGACAGUUUUUUGUGAUGCAAACUGGGCAUCAUGUCCCAAUACAAAGAGGUCAAUCACAGGGUAUGUGGUGCAACUAGGAGGUUCUUUGAUCUCAUGGAAGUCAAGAAGCAAAGAUACUGUCAGCAGGAGUUCAACAAAGGCUGAGUACAGAAACGUGGCAGCAGCAGUGGCUGAAGUUAACUAG